AUGGCUUUGCCAAUCAUUUAUGCAUCUGGUGUAGAUGAUAACUUGGGUAUAACUUCUCUUAAUCCUAUAGUGAGAAAUUAUAGGUUGGAACUAACCCAUGUUUAUGGUAAUCCAGAUGGACUUUAUAAGAGCAAUUUUUUAAUUAACGGGCAGUCGCCAGGGCCAAUUAUUGAAGGUGAUGAGGGGGACUGGAUCAAUAUAACGGUUGUUAAUUAUUUACCUGUGUCAAUAACUAUACAUUUUCAUGGAAUUUUACAAAAGGGUACGCCUUGGUCAGAUGGAGUUCCUGGAAUAACUCAGUAUCCUAUUCUAAGUGGUGAUAGCUAUUCUUAUCUUUUCCAAUUGAAAGAUCAGUACGGGUUUUAUUGGUACCAUGCACAUUACAGAGGCUAUCUGACAGAUGGACUAUAUGGGCCAAUUUAUAUCAGGCCUAAUAAGCACAGAGAGAGACCUUAUGAUCUAGCUGUAAAAGACAAAAAGGAUUUGGCUUUGAUCGAAUCCUUGGAAAAAUCACCUUCGUACAUUAUUGCAGACGAUUCCUUCAAGCUUCCAAUGGAUGAUAUCAUGGCAAGAAUGUUCCAUUACGGCAUUGACCCUUUAUGCAUACUGAGUAUAUUGCUAAAUGGUAAGGGCAGAGUCUAUUGUCAUGAAUAUUCUACAUUUCACAGAUUGGCUUUGAAAUCCAAGACUGACAGCGUGCCACAAUUCGAUUCAAUGGGUUGCAUUAGGAGCGAGAAGACAAACGGGUACCAUGAUUUCAAAUUAGACAAUUUUGGACUUGAAAGCCCUGGGUUUUCUAGGAGAUGUGAGCCAACCUCGAAAGAUAACUUUGUUUAUUUUACCAAUCAUACGUCUUGGCAAUACAUUAAUAUUUUAAAUGCUGGUGGUCAGUAUACAAAAGCAUUUUCAAUUGAUGAUCAUGUUUUUUAUGUGAUAGCUGUUGAUGGCGUGUUCAUAAGGCCAAAGCUAGUGCAUCAGCUACUUGUUCCAGUUGGAUCAAGAUAUACAAUUCUUUUAGAAACAAGCCCAAGUAGUCAUCAGAACACCAAUGAGCCGUUCGCAAUAAGGUUUGCAGCAAUUAAAACACCGCAAUACAUCGAGGCACAGGGGUAUUUGAUUUACGGAGAUAAUUCCAGUAACUCAAAAGAUGCACUUCAAAACUUUCAACAAAGAAACAGUCUCAAUAAUGGCAUCAAAUUUCAAGAUUUAGAUGGAAAAUUAAUAGAGGGUAGCCAUGUUCUGGUCUGGCCACAUGAAACUAGACCUUUUAGUAAAGUCGACCAACUUAAUUCUAGUAAACGUGCAGAUCAUACUUUUGAGCUCUAUUUGAAUCGUACUGGGGUAGUCGAAUUCAGUAUGUUUAAAGACGGAACCAAAUUACCCGCAGGGUUUGAGCUUUCAAAACCUUUGUUGCACAUGGAUUUUUCCGAUAAAGAGAAUAAAUUUGUUCCUUUUAAUGGUUCUUUGACCGAUAAUAUUCAACAGGGAGACGUUGUAGAUAUUAUAAUCAAUAAUUUUAGAAGAAUUGAUCACCCAAUACAUAUGCAUGGGCAUUUGUUUCAUUUAGUUAGUUACAGUGAGACGGAAAACUUUCCGUAUGCGACUGUUGAAGAAGCUAUCCAAAAAAACUACACCAACUUGAAUCUUGUCAACCCUCCAAUGUUUGAUAUAGCAUAUACACCAGCUAAAGGACAUUCAGUCAUUAGGAUAAUUGCAAAUAAUCCAGGAAUAUGGCUAAUACAUUGCCAUAAUUUAGGUCAUUUACUUGGUGGUAUGGGUGCUGUUUUGUUUGAAUCGAUUACGAGUAUACCUAAAAUACCUCCAUCAUAUCUCCAACAAAUUCAUGUUGAGUACAAUAUAGAAUAUGAUUUAGGAAUUACAGAAUUGAAGAAUAAUACUCAUGAUGGUUCACUUUAG